AUGCAGGGAAUUCAUGUGAUUGGUAGUGUCGGAGAGCCAAUCGAUCCUGAUGCCUGGUCCUGGUAUUACCAUAUAGUUGGCCAAGGUCAUUGCUCCUUAGUCGACACCUUCUGGCAGACAGAGACAGGUGGGCACAUGCUUACUCCACUGCCUGGUUGCACUCCAAUGAAGCCUGGCGCUGCCACACGCCCUUUCUUUGGUGUUAAACCUGCUCUGCUUUCAGAUGACAAUGAACCGGUGUGUGAUCAUGGAUUCCACUUACUUUUUUUCUUGGCCAGAUUUUACAAUCGAAUGCCAUAUUAG